CCGUGAUUGUAUCGACUAGAUCGGCGAUUGAUUCAUCAAGCCAAAAUUCAACGCACGCGCAAACCCCGCUCUUCCUUUCUGCUAAAUUCUUCGCCAUGGCUCCUGUGGUGGGUACAAUCGCGUGUGAAAAAUUGUUCAAAUAUGUCACUUUUUCACGAUUAAAACGGCUGUACAUUAUUUGUAUACAUCGGGGCAUAUUUGGGAGGGCUUAUGUAAUCCUUAAUAAUGCUAAACAAGGCACUGAAUUGGGUUUUAUAAUUCACGAGGCCCGCUAAAUAAGUUUCUUUUUGGUGCUAGUUUAGCUAACGAGAGCUAGCCAGAUCCACCACGUUGUAGCUACACAAAACGUUUUAUGGUCAGCAGUAGUUUGAUUAGUUAAAUUGCAAAAAUAUUGGUCUGGUUAUUACUUAAGGAGCCACCUGACUAAAGCUUCCUCUGAAUUGGGGAUUAGUUAAAACAUAGUUGAUGUCUAAGGUUGUAGUGCGUAUGGUGGUGAACUAACGUUAGCUAGUUAGCUGUCUAGAAUCUAAACGGAACAGCUACAAUGGUAGUGACAGUGUUAUUUUUAAUUGGCUGUCAAUCUGAUCUGCAGAAGAAGCAGAGCACCAAGGGGUCCAAGGGUGGCAAGAAGAAGAAGCAGGUCCUGAAGUUCACUCUGGACUGCACCCACCCUGUGGAAGAUGGCAUCAUGGAUGCUGCCAACUUUGUAAGUAGUUUUGCAGUUGCACUGACAGGUUUUAUACCUGUGCCUGGUUGCAAUGAAAAUCAAAUGUUUAAGUUGCACAAACACCCUUAUUCGAAACCCUCUUUAGCCACAAUCCUGAAUUGUUUCAGCCCUUCUGCAGUGGCCACUUGGUUUAGUAUAAACUGAAGGAUGGAAGGAGCUUGUAAAAUGACAGUUCAUGGGAUCGACAUGAGUCAUGUUGAACAGAAUCGUCCAAUGCAGCCGUUUUUAUCUCAAUAUCAAAUAACUUCCGGGUAACAAUUGUUACCUUACUGUGAUUGUUUUCAAUUAAAAUGAUAAAGAAACAUAGCAAUGAGCAAUUUCUCAAGCAAUAAUUUUGCUAGGACUAUGGGAGUGGUCUGAGUGGGGAGGGAGAAACUGAAAAUGUGCAGUUAUUGGUAGAGGUUUGGAACUCUUUCUUAUUGGUCUAUUAACACUUACCGCCUAGUGAUGUCACCAGGAAGGACAAAACACCAUCCCACCAAAACAGGCUUACAUUUCAGGCUGUCUUUUCAAACAACUCUUACACUAAAAGGGCUUUCACAAUUUCACAGCAUUAUUCCAACCUCAUAGUGUGGAAAUAUACAUAAAACUGGUCCUUUAAAUUCCAAGCGGGGUUUACACCAGCUAGCAACCUGCACAACAACACACACAACUCAAAGCCUACUGUGUUUGCUGAUAGAGCAAGAGACUAGUUGGUCACUCCAUGUGCGACAGUUGGCUUUAGAUCCCAGUGAAGGUGUGAUGUCACCGAUGUGCUCCAGCCAACAGGGUAGUUUCACAUCCUUUACACUAGUAAUGUUAUGCAUCUGUCAAUCUUUUGUUUUUGGAAAUUAGAAAUACAGUUGAAGUUUACAUACAGUUAGGUUGGAGUCAUUAAAACUUGUUUUUCAACCACUCCACAAAUUUCUUGUUAACAAACUAUAGUUUUGGCAAGUCGGUUAGGACAUCUACUUUGUGCAUGACACAAGUAAUUUUUCCAACAAUUGUUUACAGACAGAUUAUUUCACUUAUAAUUCACUGUAUCACAAUUCCAGUGGGUCAGAAGUUUACAUACACUAAGUUGACUGCCUUUAAACAGCUUGGAACAUUCCAGAAAAGGAUGUCAUGGCUUUAGAAGGUUAUGAUAGGCUAAUUUACAUCAUUUGAGUCAAUUGGAGGUGUACCUGUGGAUGUAUUUCAAGGCCUACCUUCAAACUCAGUGCCUCUUUGCUUGACAUCAUGGGAAAAUCAAAAGAAAUCAGCCAAGACCUCUGGAGUCUGGUUCAUCCUUGGGAGAAAUUUCCAAACACCUGAAGGUACCACGUUCAUCUGUACAAACACCAUGGGACCAUGCAGCCGUCAUACCGCUCAGGAAGGAGACGUGUUCUGUCUCCUAGAGAUGAACGUACUUUGGUGCGAAAAGUGAAAAUCAAUCCCAGAACAACAGCAAAGGACCUUGUGAAGAUGCUGGAGGAAACCGGUACAAAAGUAUCUAUAUCCACAGUAAAACGAGUCCUAUAUCGACAUAACCUGAAAGGCCGCUCAGCAAGGAAGAAGCCACUGCUCCAAAACCGCCAUAAAAAAGCCAGACUACGGUUUGCAACUGCGCAUGGGGACAAAGAUCGUACCUUUUGGAGAAAUGUCCUCUGGUCUGAUGAAACAAAAAUAGAACUGUUUGGCCAUAAUGACCAUCGUUAUGUUUGGAGGAAAAAUGGGGUAGCUUGCAAGCCGAAGAACACCAUCCCAACCGUGAAGCACGGGGGUGGCAGCAUCAUGCUGUGGGGGUGCUUUGCUGCAGGAGGGACUGGUGCACUUCACAAAAUAGUUGGCAUCAUGAGGAAGGAAAAUUAUGUAGAUAUAUUGAAGCAACAUCUCAAGACAUCAGGAAGUUAAAGCUUGGUCGCAAAAGGGUCUUCCAAAUGGACAAUGACCCCAAGCAUACUUCCAAAGUUGUGGCAAAAUGGCUUAUGGACAACAAAGUCAAGGUAUUGGAGUGGCCAUCACAAAGCCCUGACCUUAAACUUAUAGAACAUUUGUGGGCAGAACUGAAAAAGCGUGUGCGAGCAAGGAGGCCUACAAACUUGUCUCAGUUACACCAGCUCUGUCAGGAGGAAUGGGCCAAAAUUCACCCAACUUAUUGUGGGAAGCUUGUGGAAGGCUACCCGAAACGUUUGACCCAAGUUAAACAAUUUAAAGGCAAUAUACUCAAUUAGUAUUUGGUAGCAUGUACACUUCUGACCCACUGGGAAUGUAAUGAAAUAAAUAAAAGCUGAAAUAAAUCAUUUUCUCUACUAUAAUUCUGACAUUUUCACAUUCUUAAAAUAAAGUGGUGAUCCUAGCUGACCUAAGACAGGGAAUUUUUACUAGGAUUAAAUGUCAGGAAUUGUGAAAAACUGAGUUUAAAUGUAUUUGGCUAAGGUGUAUGUAAACUUCCAACUUCAACUGUAUAUGCUUACACAGUAUGUUUUAAUGGUUACAGGAGCAGUUCCUCCAGGAGCGCAUCAAGGUGAACGGGAAAGCUGGCAACCUGGGUGGUGGUGUGGUGUCUAUUGAGAGGAGUAAGAGCAAGAUCACAGUUUCCUCUGAGGUCCCCUUCUCCAAAAGGUACAGUAACUGCACUGGCAACUCAAGACUGUAGUAAUCAAAAUUGCAAUUCAGACAAAAUGUGUAUAUUAAUUAUUGUAAAAAAAAAAAAAAAAGAUUUAUCAAACGUCUUUCACCCAAUAAAUUGUCUGUUUACAUGUUCGAGCUACUAAAGCUUUGGUAAAUGCUUACGUCGUCACAAUAAUUGCUCAUAUGAAUAAUUUACUUACUUUCGCACUGCUUACGAUGGAUAAAUGAGGCCACUUGUUAUUAUAGAGGUCUAUCUGUAGUAUUUUUGUUUAGUUUCUGGUGUUGAUAUUGAUGAUGGCAAUAUUGACUUUUGGCUAUGUAGAAUUCAACUAUUCAUAAUUCCCACUUAACUCCCGAAUGCUUUAUGGCUUAUCUCCUGCAUCUGUCAUGCACCAGUAACAUUAUGUGCAUUAAUGUUAGUAUACACUGGCAGUGAACUGAAUUCUCCCUCAGACUUCCUUGUCGAGUUUACCCACCCCUGCCGAUGAAUACCCUAACCGCACGUGACUGCGCUACAGUAUCAUUCUUCAACCUGUGCUGUGUUUUUGUGAUUCAUUAAGUUGGGUUGAGGUGUAUAGCAACAAAGAAAACGUUUGCUUUACUAGGUUGUUUUGUAUGUGUAUUGCAUUGGGGAAAACAUUGAAAGACAAAGCCUAACCUCACAUCUGAAUGUCAUCUUUCUCCAGAUAUCUGAAAUAUCUGACCAAGAAGUACUUGAAGAAGAAUAAUCUUCGCGACUGGCUGCGUGUUGUGGCCAACACCAAGGAGAGCUACGAGCUACGCUACUUCCAGAUCAACCAGGAUGAGGAGGAGGAAGAUGAUGAGGAUUAAACCUCCAGUCUGCUGGAUUUUGUACAUUUAAUAAAUUCUUAGAGUAC